GAGGCGAAGGAGGCCAUGCUCUAUAGCUACUGGCAUAGUUUCUCUGGCUUUGCUGCCUCACUCAAUUCAACACAAGCAAGCAAAAUGGCCAAGAUGAAAGAAGUGAUAUCUAUUUUUAGAAGCAAGACAUUAAAGCUGCAUACAACAAGAAGCUGGGAUUUCAUGGGUCUACCUCUUUUCAGUACUGAAACUACUCCAAUGCAAUUGGAACAUGGUGAUGAUGUUGUCAUUGGCAUCUUUGAUACAGGUAUAUGGCCUGAAUCAGAGAGCUUCCAACCUGAGCCGACGCUGGGCCCUAUUCCAGCCACAUGGCGCGGCAGAUGUGUGGCCGGCGAGAACUUCAAUCCCGCCACUGCCUGCAAUCGCAAGCUUGUCGGCGCUCGAUACUACCUGGCGGGCUUCGAGCGUGAAUAUGGCCCUCUCAACGCCACUGGCUCCGAAGCAGAAUUUCGAUCACCCCGCGACCGCCUCGGCCACGGCACUCAUACGGCAUCCACUGCCGCCGGAUCGCCCUCCAUCAAUGUUUCCUACCUCGGCAACCUCGCCGCAGGCACAGCGCGCGGCGGCGCACCUCGCGCACGCCUCGCCGUUUACAAGGUAUGCUGGUUCAAGGACCUGCAGGGCAGGUGUAGCGAUGCCGACAUCCUCGCGGCAUUCGACGAUGCCAUCGCCGACGGGGUGGGGGUGAUCUCAGCCUCGCUCGGGGCUCCACCGCCGCUGAUGCCGUUUUUCCAGUCAAGCAUCGACAUCGGCGCCUUCCACGCAUCGCAGGUCGGCGUGUCGGUGGUGUUCUCGGCGGGAAACGACGGGCCGGAGACCGGCGUCGUUCAGAACGUUUCACCGUGGGUGAUCACCGUCGCCGCUGGAACCAUCGACCGCGGUUUCCCGACGAUGAUCGUCCUCGGCAACAAAGCCUCAUUUAUGGGAGAAGGGUUUCUUGAUCGAGAGAUGAAGAUGAAUUUGAUAGAUAGCGGCAAAUUGUUUGAUGACGGGUCAUGCUCGUUUGAAAAGUGGAAUCGCCGGAGGCUGGCUACAGGAAAAAUUGUUCUAUGUUUUGCUUCGAUUGGAGAGAUUUCAAGCACAGGUGCAGCAAUAACAAUCUUGGCUAUCAAUGGAUCUGGAAUGAUUUUUACAGAGUCCAUGACAAAAGAAACGCCUCAAGAUGAUUUCCUUCCAACCGUUCAUGUUAAUCUCUACGAAGGAACUAAAAUCUUACACUACAUUGAAUCUUCUAAUGACCCCACAGUGCAAAUUCUUCCCAGUAAAACAACUAUAGGUCACUUGCCAGCUCCUUCAGUUGCGCACUUCUCGUCUAGGGGACCAAGCUCUGUUUCCCCUAAUAUUCUUAAGCCUGAUAUUACAGCACCUGGAGUCAACAUUUUAGCAGCUUGGCCUCCAAUAUCUUCUCCCACUUUGCUACCAUUUGAUAAGCGAUCUAUAAACUGGAAUUUUGACUCAGGGACAUCAAUGGCUUGCCCCCACAUAUCAGGCAUUGUAGCUCUUAUCAAGUCUGUUCACCCAAAUUGGUCUCCUGCUGCAAUUAAAUCUGCAUUAAUGACAACUGCUUACUCAAUCGACACAAGCUCAGAUAUCGUCGCCGCACGUGGAACAGUGAAACCAUCAGACUCUUUUGACAUCGGUGCGGGACAUGUUAAUCCAUUGAAGGCAACUGAUCCAGGACUCAUUUAUGACAUGGAAACGCAAGAUUAUGUUAUGUUCCUCUGCAGCUUAGGGUAUCAAGAAAGCCAAAUUAACAAAAUGAUCCUUCCAUCACAGAUGAUUAACAUCAGUUGUCAUGGUAACCAUUCUGACAUCGACCUUAAUUAUCCAGCAAUCACUAUAUCCGAUCUCCGCUCUACGAUGACGAUUAGGAGGACGGUUCACAAUGUUGGACAAGCAAAUGCUAUUUACUAUGUGAGUGUUAUAAAACCUCAAGGAGUACAUGUCAUGAUAUGGCCAAAUUACCUUGUUUUCUCAAAACAAAGGAAGAAGAUAACAUACUAUGUGACAAUUACACCCCUUAAAUCAUCUCAAGGCCGGUAUGAUUUUGGGGAGAUAGUCUGGUUUGAUGGCUAUCAUCAUGUGAAGACUCCAUUGAUAGUCCAAAUUAACAAAUGUAAGGACGAAACGGUAAAUCUCGCUACUCACUCAAGUACUUAGCUUAUCUUCAUGUUUGAUGAUUUGUGGUUUUACUAUUCUUGAUGCUUAGAACUUGAUAGAGGUUAGUGGCUAACGACCUGACUUUAAAAUCUCUUAAACUUGAUAUGUAUCUAUUGUCCUAACGAUGAUUAAUUAUAAGUAUUCAUGAUGCUAUA